UUGUUUAUUUUUGUAGCACAUCUCUACAUCAGUUUGUAUAUUUUUGUCAUGAAAGUGAAUAUUUUCUAAAACAAUAAUUUAAAUAUAAAUAUAAAACGUAUAUCCUUGUGUACGUAAUUAUAGUAAGACAUUUAGUCAAUGGAUACUGAAUGCACUGUUUUAAGCCUGAGCCUGAGCGAUGAAUCGUGUCGUAGCUGUUUAAAAAACUUCGCUGCCUUAAACUCCCUCGACGCUGAAGUAGAAUAUGGCAAUGAUACAUUUGUUUUGAAAAAUUUAUACAUGAAACUCUUACCCGCAACUAAUUUACAAACGACUGUUCUCAAUCAAUAUGAGGUUCAAACGGUACCAAACCGAAUCUGUACGGAUUGCACCCUUAAGCUUCUAAAUGCUUAUGAUUAUAUAUGUUUAGUUGAAAGGUCGGAAACUUUGUUAAUGCAAUAUCAACAUCCGUCUCAUACCAAAGUGAAAACAGAUGUGGAAUCAUUUGUCAUUACAGAAUUGAAAAAUGACAUAACAAGUAAUGAAGAUAGUCAGAACGGUGAAGCAUUAGAGACAGAAUAUCUACUUGACGAUUACAAUAAUGAUGAAGAUGUUGUAGAUGUAGACAGGGAAAGAGGUGAUGACGAGGUUUCAAUUGUAAAUAAAAAUGAAGUUUAUGUGGACGAUGAGCUUCAAUUUGAAAAUUUUGAAGCAAUAAAUAUUGAAGAUGUUAAAGAGGAAGUGGAACAGGUUAGCAACAAGAGAAGACAUAAAAGGAUAUACCAAAAUAAUGAUGUUGUAGGAAAAAAGCAACCACGAUUCGCAAUCGGUUCUCGUCUGGGAACAUUUGUCACAACCAAUUGGCGCAAAUGUCCUCAUUGUGAGCGUGUUUUCGCCAGAAAUGUAACAUUGGAAAAACAUAUACAAGCAGCUCAUACAAAUGUGCCAGCGGAGUGCAUUGCCGCUAUUGCACCCAAACCUACCGAAGAUAAGCCAAUACAAUGUGACCAUUGUCCGCGUACUUUUGCUCGACACUUUGCAUUGGAGCGACAUCUUAAAGCCAUGCACCCGUCGAUUACAACCUCCGCAGAUAAUCUUGAAUCGAAUACAAAUCCCGCUGAAAUUGCAAAAACGAAAAAAACGUAUAAGCGUGGAAUAUGUCCACAUUGCGGUCGCAGUUUUGCUCAAGCAAGCUUAGUAAUACAUAUACGCCGACAUACAGGUGAAAAGCCAUACCAAUGUGAUGAAUGCCAAAAAGGUUUCCCUCGACGUCAAGAUUUAGUUGUACAUAAGCGGCAACAUACGGGCGAAAGACCACAUGUAUGCACAGUUUGUGGAAAAUCGUUUACCAGACCAAAUAAAUUAUCAAGGCACAUGCGUAUACAUACAGGACUUCGUCCGUAUAAAUGUUCGGAAUGUCAUAAAUCGUUCACACAAUCGAACGACCUGCGUAUUCAUAUGCGCCGACAUACUGGCGAAAAACCCUAUAAGUGCAAUAUUUGCAACGAAGCUUUUAUAAGCGGUACAGCGCUCAAGGCUCACCGCAUGGCCAAUAACCAUGCUGCACCGCCGGACGCCGAAAACGAUCCAUAUGCGAAAUGUCGUUUAAAUAAAGCGAUCAAACUUGAUAAUCCCGAAUGAUUUCGGUAUUCUUAGCAGUUCAAAUAUUACAUUUUAUCAAAACAACUAUAGGAAAAAUAUUUUAUAAAUGAAUGGUACAUAUGUUGCAGUAAAGGCAAUAACAAUAAAGCUUUUGAAGAUGUCGGAAAUUUUUGUGUAUGUGUUUUAUUAGAUUUAAAAAUGUGUAUGUCGGAAGAGGAAUUUUAUAGGCUACGUAUGCUUUAUCUAGAAGACAUUUCUAUUAAGAUGACAUUUUAAACAGUUUACUUUGGAUAGUAACACCCAAUGACUGAAAACUUGAUCUGUUCCACAUUUUUGAACUCACGUCUGAUGAAUUGGUCUUCCAGUGAUGAGUAGUGCAAUCAAGAAUCCCAUAAAUAAUAUUUUGAAAUAAAAGUUUACAUUUUUUGCGUUCUUUAUGAUAUUUAUUUUCAAGCGGAAUUUUAGAGAGUUCAUUGUUAUUUGAGUUUAUUAUUACUCAACGCGUAUAUAUUUUAUGUGGUUUAAAAGAAUUUCAUAAUAAAUACACCUAUUUGAAGUUGAAUUUCUUUAUAUACAAUAUUUCCGUUAUGUUCAAUGAUGCCGGAAGAAAAUUAAAUUUAAAAAAUGUAUUACCUGUAGUUAAAAUAAGAGAUAUGAGAAAAUAUUUAAAUCAAUACAAAAAUAAGAAUAAAAAAUGAUAUAAAGCAUUCGAAAUAACACAAUACAUUGCUUUGCUACAAUUAUAAAGACACUACACACAAGCGCCAUUC